AUGUCCGGCUCUGAAGGGUCUGGUUCUGGGGAGUCCGGUUCGGAACGGUUUAGUGCGGAAGACUCUGGUCUAGAAGGGUCUGAUUCGGGAGAGACUGGUUUGGGAGAUUCUAGUGGUGGUACAGGCAACCACAGGAGUCUCUCCUGCGGAUGCACCCGAAGGAGGUCGACGAGGCCAGCCCGAGGACCAUCAAGUAGGACAAGGAAUAUCCGUGUGGAAUUUGGAAUCGAGUCUAGAACCAGUAACAGCGGGUGCUGUAUGAUUCUACGUGGCCGGCCCAGGAGACGCCGCGUUCUAUCCGCAUCACGUACAAGAUACGCGUUUGGGAGGGCAUCUCAUAGCCUUGAUGUGGAUCCCUCUGAUCCAUCCGAGGUUGAGCGCGUGGCGGUGAAGUAUAUGAGAAAGCAGGUGAGGCUCUUCGAUACUGAACUGAACUCAUUGACUCCGAGAGACUGUUUCGAGGCAGCGACCGCCCAAGGAAGCAACACUAUCCUCCUAAUCCCAGAGACGGAGAUCAACAUCAGUGAGCAGCUAGAGAAUUCCGUCCCUAAACCGGCACCCGAAAGCGAGCCCACUCAGGAGGAAUCACGGAAACGAGGCCGCCGGUGA